GCUUGGUCACACUAUUUGCAGAAAUUAGAAAAAGUUUAUUAUAUUUCCUAGCCAUAUUUUCGGUCUUUCCAGGCGAUAUCAGAACACUAGAAUGCCAUCUUUGCACUAUUAAUAAGCCACAACCCACACCACACACCAUGACGUCUCGCAAUCUGACAGAGGUGUUCGUUAUUAUGCGCAACAAUGCCUCAAAAAAUCGAAAUCACUACGAUGACCGCCGUGGCAGCGAUGCCGAGCGCCUGCUCAAGCAUUCGGUGCGCGAGGCGGAGGAGGGACUCGAGAUGCAGGACGACUACGGAACGCCACCCGCCUGGCUGGACAAGUUCGAGGAGGCACAAUACACCAUGUCCAAAAUCAAACCAAAGCUGGACGAACUGGGCUCCCUGCAUGCGCGGCACCUGCUGCGCCCGACCUUCGACGAUCAGCGGGACGACGAGUGCGACAUCGAGGUGCUCAGCCAGAUUGUCUGCAAGCUGAUCACAUCCACCCAUCGGCACAUACAGUGCGUCCGCUCCAGCCUCGGCGUGGGCACCAAAACGGAGCAGCGACUCACCGCCAAUGCCGUGCACUGCGCCCUGCUCCAGCUGCAGGAGCUGACCUUCAAGUUCCGCAGCAGCCAGAACGGCUACCUGGUGCAGCUGAACUCGCGCGAGGAGCGCUCCCAGAAGUACUUUGACAACGGCGACAACUUCACCAACGUCGAGCUGGGCAUGGGUCUGCCAGGCGGCGACACUGGCGGCGAGGCCAUCAACUUUGUCGACUCCUUCGACAACUUCCUGCAGCCGGUGACUGGUAAUGGCAAGGGCAACGCGUAUCUGUUCGAGGACGAUGACCAGGAGAUAGACGAUCACUUCAAGAAGCCGCUGGCCGCCAAUCGCAUGACCCAGCAGCAGCUGCUGCUCUUCGAGGAGGAGAACUCCAAGCUGGCCGAGCAUCGCGAGCAGGAGGUGACCAAAAUUGUCAAAUCCAUCAACGAUCUCAACGACAUCUUCAAGGAUCUGGGCCACAUGGUGCAGGAGCAGGGCACCGUUCUCGAUCGCAUCGACUACAAUGUCGAGCAGACACAGACGCGCGUCUCCGAGGGCCUCCGGCAGCUGCACAAGGCCGAAAUGUAUCAGCGCAAGAAUCGCAAGAUGUGCAUCAUUCUGGUGCUGGCGGCCAUCACAUUUUUCAUGCUGCUGCUGCUGAUUUUUACCAAGCUUUAAGUCCAUUCCAGUCGUGCGUAUCCUGCUCCCUCUUUUGUGUGGUGUACAGUGCAAA